UCCAAUAUGUCUUCUCUUCUUCUUCUAAUCCUCAUCCUGUCCCUCACUACUCAUGUUUGUGAAGGGCGGUACUUAAGCUUCAGCAGCAUCAAUGAACUCAAUAUACCAGCUCAUCAUCAAAUCAAGGUUGUGGCCAUGAAAAUGAAAGACAAUAAGGUUUUGGAAGCUUCGGAAAUGAAGGAUGAUAAGGGAAAACAAGAAAUGGUUUCAGGAAGUACUAGUGAGACUCUCAUUCCUUCAUCUCAUGCUGCAUUACUACUAGAAGUUCAAUUUAAGGCUGGAUCAAGUAAUAAAGAUGGAUUGUUUGUGAGGGAAGAAUCUAAGCAUAAAGAAGAAAAGGAAGAGUUUAACCACACUGGCGUGGAGACCGACAUCGGGUUCAUGGAUUACCAGCAGCCACACCGAGGACCUUCAACCCACAACAAAUAGAAAGCUAUAAGGCCGUCUCUGCAACUUAUACGUAUUCCUGGAGGAAGAAAGUAACAGAGCUAAUACAUCAUAUAUAAUCUUUUUGUUUGUCUCACUCUCUUAUAACAAAUUAAGGCAUGAACAAAUGGAUUAGAUAAAAAUGAAGAAAUGGUCCUCAUUCUACGUCGUUGUUGAAGAACGUGGUGGUUGUCGAUCAUAAAUGAAGGAGACGGUUAUCUGUUUGCUUUGAA